CGCCAGUCGUGGUCCUAGGACCGCAGCCGGCCUGGUACGACCUCUAAAGGCGUCCGCGAGCACGUCCUCGCGUCGGCUCGUUGGUCUAGGGGUAUGAUUCUCGCUUCGGGUGCGAGAGGUCCCGGGUUCAAAUCCCGGACGAGCCCGGCUUCAGUUUUGGCGGAGACCGGAGCGCCCAGAGGCGAGGAUGGACGGAACGGCCGGCGCGCCACGCAGACCUCCCUACGAACUCCGCGCGGCUGGCCGAGAGCCUGGAGCCGAUGCGGUUCGCUGGGAGGUCUUUUGUUCCGAGCGCACAGCCCGGUGGCCGGAGGGAGCUCGCUACGUGCCGCCGGGACCCGGGAGCCGGACAGGAGGGCGCGGAAGCGUGCGGACGUGAGGCCGGCGCCUCGCGUUCCCGUCCCGCUUCUUCGCGCGCCGCGCGUGUCCCCGGCAGGCCGGCUGGGGUUGCGGAUGACGGCGAGCAGAACGCGGCGGGACUUGUCACAGGCCGGUCUCCGCAUCUCCGGGUCGCUCAGGGCCGGUCUAGGGCGUGCGCGGGUCUCAGGUGGGCCCUUCCCGGAGCUCGAAGGGAUGGAAGCCCGGACGGAGCGCGGUCAGGGAAUAAUAUGCUCGAGCUGGAGAGCACCCCAAUUAGCUGCUUCCUCGUUAGUAUAGUGCUCUCCUCCCCCUUCCUUCCAAGGAUGGCCCAGAAGGAGAACGCCUACCCCUGGCCCUACGGCCGGCAAACGGGGGUGGCUGGCCGGCUGGGUGGGCCGACAGCAAGUACUGAAAUGCUGCUUCUAGCACAUUCCAACCCGCUCCCCGGGACAAAGGCUCCCUCAGAGGUUCCCGCUGCUCCUUCUCAGACUCAGGCUGGCCUGAACACCCUGCCCCAGCGAGCCCUCCGGAAGGACCCUGCCACGCCGUCUGCACUUGUCCUCAUGAGCCGCUCCAACACCCAGCCCACAGCUGCCCCUGGCCAGAAGGUGGUGGAGAACAGCAGUGGGACCCCCAACUUCCCAACGCGCUCCUUCACCAUCGAUGACUUUGAGAUCGGGCGUCCUCUGGGCAAAGGCAAGUUUGGAAAUGUGUACUUGGCUCGAGAGAAGAAAAGCCAUUUCAUCGUGGCUCUCAAGGUCCUCUUCAAGUCUCAGAUAGAAAAGGAGGGCGUGGAGCACCAGCUGCGCAGGGAGAUCGAAAUCCAGGCCCAUCUGCAGCAUCCCAACAUCCUGCGUCUCUACAACUAUUUCUAUGACCGGCGAAGGAUCUACUUGAUUCUGGAGUACGCCCCCCGCGGGGAGCUCUACAAGGAACUGCAGAAGAGCCGCACCUUUGACGAGCAGCGCACAGCCACGAUCAUGGAGGAGCUGGCCGAUGCGCUAAUAUACUGCCACGGGAAGAAGGUGAUUCACAGAGACAUAAAGCCGGAGAACCUGCUCCUGGGGCUCCAGGGAGAGCUGAAGAUCGCAGACUUCGGCUGGUCCGUGCACGCCCCCUCCCUGAGGAGGAAGACGAUGUGCGGGACAUUGGACUACCUGCCCCCGGAAAUGAUCGAGGGCCGUACGCACAACGAGAAGGUGGAUCUCUGGUGCAUUGGGGUCCUCUGCUACGAGCUGCUGGUGGGAAACCCGCCCUUCGAGAGUGCUUCCCACAAUGAGACCUAUCGGCGCAUCGUCAAGGUGGACCUGAAGUUCCCCGCCUCCGUGCCCUCGGGAGCCCAGGACCUCAUCUCCAAGCUGCUCAGGCACAACCCCUCCGAACGGCUGCCCCUGGCCCAGGUCUCCACGCACCCUUGGGUCCGGGCCCACUCCCGGAGGGUGCUGCCUCCCUCCGCCCUCCAGGCUGUCCCCUGACUUGCUGCUCUCGUUGAUUCAGUUGUGUCUGUUUGUGUGCCUGUAUACGUGGAGUCAGAAGGAGAGGCACCUGGCUGGCUCCUUUACCUGUCUUCUACCCCCUGUGUAUUUAAUAAAGGCUGAAGCUUUUUGUACGGA